GUGCAGUUUAUCAAUCAGGAAGUAAAGUCCCGUUGUCAACAGAUUUCUGACACAUUCAAACUUGCGCUACACACAGACUGCUUUGUAUCAUGGCAUCCUAGUUAUCCAUACAGCAAGCUAAAGUGAUUAGCCAGCUGCUCAGUAAACAGGCUGCUGAAGAACUUGUUUGGUGGGGUAGCUUGUCGUAAAGUAUGUCUUAAUAACCGGUGGUAAAAUGCCAUUCUUUAGAGAAUAUACACCCACCGACCGAGAAAAUCGAAGAAAAUGCAUUACCAGGGUAUAAUUAAAGGCCUCGGAAGUGGCCAGUCGUGAAAUGAUGAGUUGUAAAUUGCUCUCAGAAAACAUUAAUGACAACAAUUAAUGUUGCCUCACCCCUACAGUUUUAUUCAAAUAUCUAAAAUAACAGAAAAAAGUCUUACCUCCAACUGUGGCAUAUUAGAACAUAAACAUAAUGGGUUUCAGAUGCAUACUGACUCCAUCUAACCCACAGGAGUAAUCUCAUCAUGAGUAGAGUCUACUACAUCCUCAGUGCUGCUCUUUUUGUGUUAGAAAUUCCAGAGACCAAGGCACUGCUAGAAAACUCAAAUGACUGUUGUGAAAGAAUAAAGAGAAUGAAUGAAACCUGUGUGAAUAUUACACUCUGUGAUCCUGGGCUCCUUCAAAUACAGGAGAACAAUACAACAUUUUGUGUGUCCUGUGACUCAACAGAUCAGGGCAAUUCAACUUCACUUAACAAUACAAAGACUAAUCACAUUCUAGUACCUUUAAUCACAGUGAUUGGUGGUCCAGGUGUAGCAGCUUCUGUCCUUCUAGGAACUCUACUGAUCAGCCUGGGUCUCAUCCUCUCGGUUGCAUCUUUCUUUUACCUUAAGCGUUCCAGCCGCCUCCAGGUCUUUUACAGGCGCAAUAAGGCUUUUAUAUUCCAACCAAGUGAGACGGCUGCCAUGAUUCCUGAAGCUACAUCUUCAGUUCGCAAGCCGAGAUAUGUCAGGAGGGAGAGGCCAUCAGCAACAUCAGCAUCCAGCAGUGCUACUGUGGCAACAGGAGCAGUAACCAAGGUAUACGAUGUGUGACCAGCCUCCAAGAGCCAGCUACAAGCCCCCUUUAAACCAUGAGUCUGUCCUAUAGAACUGUCCUUUGUAGGCAACACGAAGUGAUAUGUCUUGAUGUAGGCUUUAUCUUGGAAACCUUUUCUUUUCACUGAAGCCAGUUAUUUAUUUCUAUUUAUAUGUUGUUCCUUUUUUUAAGAGACCUGGUGUUGCACUACUAGAGUAUUUUUGAUGGUUAAGCUAUAAUUCAGUCUAUUAAGUUUUUUUUUUUUUAUGAAUUUUGUAAUGUUUAUAUUUAUUACCAGUAUUUUUGUGUAAUAUUGUAUUUUUGAAUCUUGUGACAUUGAAACUAGAAUCCAAAAAAAAAAAGACUUCCACGGUUAGUCAUAUUUGCACACAACCUACUCCUCAAACCUUAUUAAAGUUAAAAAUUAAAUUAAUAAACACAUAAAUUGACAUUUACCAUUCAGUUAAAAUCAGUUUGGUAACAGUUUACACAAAUAAUAUAUUUUCUUUUAAUUCUGUACCGUUUCCACAAAUUCCUUUAGCAUUUAUUAAUGACAUAUGCGUAUGCUGGAAAAUACUACUGGCUUGGGUUUCAAUGUUAACACCAUAUUCAUGUUCUACUAACAAGUGUGCAUGAACUAUCCGCCUGUUAGCAAUGCCACAUUCCUCACUAUAUUCAACAUGAAAGAUUCUGGGUUUUGCACCAAAGGUUUCCCCAGGUAAAAAAUAAUAAAUUCAAAUUUGCUAGGCCUGAAAGUUGCAAACUUGCUGUUAAUACACAAUAUAUAAAGUUGUGGAAAACUGUUGCCAAACACAGUGCUACCUACUCUAUUUAUCCCAUCUUUCAAUUGUGCAAGACAAAGUGCCAUUAAGUGAACGUGCUAACGAAUGAAGACCCAUAGUUAACCAUUUUUGAUUUUGUAGAUUUUAUACAAAACUGGACUGUAAAAUUAUAAAAGAACUUUAGUAAAUUGCCCUUGUUUCUUGGUUGGAAAAACAAACAAAGAAAAAGCUUGAUAUCAUUGCCAUGUUAUAAAGAGAGUGAUACACUGGUAUUUCUAUAAAAACGAUCAAAGUCAGUUACCUUUUUUACUUUAUUUUGUAGUUGUUUAUUGCAAAUAGUGGCCUUUAAAAUGCCAUAUCAUGCCUAUAUAUUUAUGAUUUUCUGUGUAGUUAUUAGGUUUUCUCUUGUAGUAAUGGUUCUUUUUAUUUAAAGGAUUAUGAUUUUUUUCUACACAUUUUCUACUUUAUUUCAGGAAGGGUAUUUGAACAUUGUUUUGUGAAGUUUAAAAUCCUUAGUAUGCUGGAUUAAGCAAAAGCUAGGAAUAUUUACUUAAGGUGAAGGUAAAUGAUGUGCUUUCAUGGGGAUACAUCAGUGAUACUGAUUCUAGAAUAUAACCACUUAUUAAAUUCAACUUAUUUCUCGUGUCAUUUUAUUGGCUGUCGUGCAGCAACUGGAAAGCAUGUCAAUAGAUUUUGUAUACUGUAUGAAUUAAUGUAAAAAUGGAUGUUGAUGAUGAACUUUUUUUGUAUGUUGAUGAACAGAGUGAGUAUUGAUCACAUAUUGAAUCAUAUUUGAUGAAGAUUUCAGUGUUUACAGAAAUAAAAGAUAUUUUGAUUUAUGAGAAA